GCGCGGGGCUGGCGCCGGAGCGGGGUGCUAUGGAGCCCGGGCGGGGAGCCGGGCCGGGGCUGUGGCGCUGCGGGCGGCGGCUGCUCUGGGCCGCCUCCCUGCUCUGCGUCCUGCUGGACCUGCAGCUCCCAGGUUUGCUGGCCUCUGGGCAGGCCGAGAUCGAAAACCACCUGGAAAUGGGGCGCAAGCUGCUGGCGGCCGGACAGCUGGCCGAGGCGCUGUCUCACUACCACUCCGCCGUCGAAGGUGACCCCAAGAAUUACCUCACCUAUUACAAGCGCGCCACCAUCUACCUGGCUAUGGGCAAGUUCCGCUCGGCGCUGCCCGACCUGUCGAAGGCCAUUGAGCUCAAGCCGGAUUUCCUGGCCGCCAGGCUGCAGAGGGGCAACAUCCUCCUGAAGCAGGGUAACACGGAGCAGGCCAAGCAGGACUUCGAAGCCGUGCUGCAGAGCGAUCCCGGCCACAAGGAGGCUCAGACCCAGCUAGCCAGGCUCACCGAGCUGGAAGUGACCAUGCAGGAGGCCCGGGCAGCCUAUCAGAGGACAGACUACGCGGGAGCCAUCGGCAUCCUGGGGCGAGCCGUCGAGAUCUCCCCGUGGAGCCCCGAUGCCAAGGAGCUGCGCGCCGAGUGCCACCUCCUGCUGGGUGACUACGGCCAGGCCAUCCUGGACCUGAAACCCACCACCAAGCUCCGUGCUGACAACCGGGCGGCCUUCCUUAAGCUCAGCCAGCUCUACUACGGCCUGGGGGAGCACGAGGAGGCCCUGGCGCAGGUGCGUGAAUGUCUCAAGCUGGACCAGGACGACAAGGCUUGCUUCGCCCACUACAAGCAAAUCAAGAAGCUGUCCAAGCAGCUGGAGUCGGCCGAGGAGCACGUCGGAGCGCAGAGGUACGAGGAAGCCAUCGACAAGUACAAAGCGGCCAUGAAGACGGAGCCACACAUGGAGGUUUAUGUCAUCAAGGCCAAGGCGCGCAUCUGUCACUGCCUGUCCAAGAGCAAACGGGCCCAGGAAGCCAUCGACGUCUGCACGGAGGCUCACCAGCGGGACCCACGCAACGUCUUCGUCCUGCGGGACCGGGCCGAGGCCUACAUCCUGAACGAGGAGUUCCAGAGAGCGGUGGAGGAUUACCAGGAGGCCAAGGAGUUGGACGGGGAAAACGAGCAGGUCAAGGAAGGGCUGGAGCGAGCCCAGAAGCUGCUGAAGCAGUCGAGGAAACGCGACUACUACAAGAUCUUGGGGAUCCGGAGGAACGCCAACAAGCAGGAGAUCAUCAAGGCCUACCGCAAGCUGGCCCAGCAAUGGCACCCGGACAACUUCCAGUCCGAGGACGAGAAGAAGGAGGCGGAGAGGAAAUUCAUCGACAUCGCGGCCGCCAAAGAGGUCCUGACGGACCCAGACAUGCGGCAGAAGUUUGACUCCGGAGAGGACCCCUUGGACCCCGAGAACCAGCAAGGAGGGGGAGGGCACCCCCACCACUGGCCUUUCGAGUUCAACCCCUUCGGCUCUGGCAAUUUCCACUUCAAAUUCCACUUUAACUAGCGUGGGGCGGGGGGAAGAGCUCCGGACCGCGCGGCGAGGGGGAGACUGGGCCCGACGGGCUCCCCUGUAAUGACUCCUGCCCGCACCUCCCGCUCGUCGCGUCAACCGUUUCCUGCCACGUCUCUCUCCGGCCUGGGAACGGGACCGGAUCCGGGGCGUUCGCUUUCCCCGGGAGAAAGAGAUCGUUUUGCCGCCUCGCUCAGGUGUGUCAAGAAGGCCCGCGAGCGUCGCUCUUUCUGUGCUGAAUGUCUCGGAGAACUGAUUCGAUUCGCUCCGUCUGUGCGUCGCGUCUUUGCAGCCUCUCCGCCCUGGAGCGAAGCGGGUUUAAAUUCGCUUCCCGUUGGCGGUGCGUGAUGGCUAACGCCCAACGCACACUUAGGAGAAAAGCGGCCAGUGUUAAAGGUUCGGCACGAGCGUUGACUGGAAAUUUUCCCCUCAAAAGGAGAAUUAUUUGCCCCGGGGGCGUGUCUGCUUUGGAAAGUUACGGCUGUCGGUCGGAAAAACAAACAAAUGCCUCAAAAAUGA